CGCCCGGAUUGCCUACGCCUCACAUCCAACGUCACUGCCACACGAGACGUCUCGCCGUGAUGUGUCCCAGAGAAUCUCGGCGCGGUCGUCACUGAACGCUCGGCCGCCUCUCUUGCUGUGCACGCAUGCACACGGCCAGCCUCCAUUGCCACAUCUGCGCUCACGCCUGGGCCGAGGCCUGGGGCCUCGUCACCGCCUCCGCCGCCGCGGCCUCGCGGCUCGCCCACCCCCACCCCUGCUCCAUCGGGCUCGUCGGCGCCAUCGGCGACAGCCUGACGACGGCCGUGAACAUGGAUUGCGACGGCGCAGGGUGCGCGGGCAUGGCGGAGUGGUUUGAGCUCGCGUGGGCGGUCGGGAGCAGUGCGCGUGACGACUCGUGCGACGCGUCCUGCGGCUGGUUGUGGUGGCAGGAGGGCUGCGCCAACAACGGCGUCUGCAACGAGCCCGCCCAGACGACGGGCAAGUGCGAGGCUGGCACCGACUGCUCCGACUGCGGCGGCUGCUCUCGCGCGGCGCGCACGCUCCCCAACCUGCUCGGCGAGGCUUGCGCGAGCGGAGCCGUCCUAGGCGCGUCGACGGGCGGCGCGUCGACGGGCGGCGGAGGCGCGCGGGGCCUCAACGUGGCUCAGUCGGGCGCGAGAGCGAAAGAGGCGCUGACGCAGGCGGUGGGGCUAGUCGCGAAGGCGGAGUCGCUGCUGGGCGGCGCCGCGUACGCAACCACGCUCGUCACCAUGCUGCUCGGCGGCAACGACCUCUGCAACGUGUGCAAGGAUGGCGGCGAUGUCAGUGCCGACGAGUACGCCGCUAAGAUGCGGCCCGCCUUCGAAACGCUGGCGGCCGUGCCGCGGCUUGUGGUCAACGUUCCGCUGCAUGCCGACUACACGCAGCUCGCGGGCGUCGACUGGGGCUUCUUCGGCAACCUGUACUGCGACGUCCUCCUCGCGCUCGUCUGCCCGCAAUUGGGCGUCUGA